GACCAAGUGCUCGAUUGGUUUCUCAGUCGAUCGUGUCUUUUCAGUGAGUGUGUACGCAUCAUCGUUAAAAGACAAAAAUCACUACGGUCGCUGGUGAAUUUUUUGUCAUCUUACAUCUAUUUUUUUUCGGUCGAAAAUACUUUUCGGAAUCGCGUUAAACGCACACUUUGUGUGAUUAAAAGCAAAAAUCAACAUCAUUAUAAUUUGGGGCGAAAAAAGCAGAAAAAAAUUACUUUGCUAAAUAAGUUAUUAAACGGCGUUUUGCAAGUUCUUCCUUGAACGCCAAAAGCCGAAAUUCCAACUCAAAUAAAAGUGAACGGGAGUGUAUUUCUAGUAGAGCAGUGGAUUUGUUUCCAUCAUCAUCUGGACUUGAAAGAAGACAAAAAGAUACUUAAAAAAUGUGUAAACCAUAUCAGUUAUUUGCUGCGACGCUAUUUUGUGCAGUCGCACUUACUCGCAAUUUAGUUUAUGGUCAAAAAGUAGCGGCGACAACAGAAAGAGUAGAAUUCAAGUGUCCGUCUGGAUAUGGCAAUGGAAAUUUUGCCGAUCCAGCUACGUGUCGACGAUUUUAUCAGUGUGUUGAUGGAUACCCAUACUUGAACACAUGCCCAUCUGGAUUGCAUUUUGAUGAUGCUGCCAAGUACUGCACGUUCAAAAACGAAGCUCGCUGUGGACCAUUAGCUACAACACCGGCACCAAUCACCGAAGCACCAGUCGAUUUAGCGAAAAAAUGCGACCCAGCUGAAUGCACAUUACCAUAUUGUUUUUGCUCAAAGGACGGUACCACUAUUCCGGGUGGCUUAGAAGCUGAAGACAUUCCACAAAUCAUUCUUUUGACUUUCGAUGGUGCUGUCAAUUUGAACAACUACGAACACUACAAGAAAGUGUUCAACGGCAAACGAAAGAAUCCAAACGGUUGUGAUAUCAAAGGAACCUUCUUUAUUGCUCAUGAAUACAGCAACUAUCAGCAAAUCCAAUCAUUGGCAUUUGACCAGCAUGAAAUCGCUACCGAGACAAUAUCAUUGCAGCAAGGCUUACAGGAUAAAGGUUAUGAAGAAUGGGUUGGCGAAAUGAUUGGUAUGCGAGAGAUAUUGAGACAUUUUGCAAAUGUUUCGACAAACGAUGUAGUCGGUAUGCGAGCACCAUAUUUGAAACCAGGUCGAAAUGCACAAUACAAGGUCAUCGAGGAUUUCGGGUACAUCUAUGAUAGUUCAAUUGCUGUUGAACCACAAAAAUUUCCGGUGUGGCCGUACACGCUCGAUUAUAAAAUUCCCCACGAAUGCAAAAGUGGAACUUGUCCCAGCAAACAGUUCCCUGGUAUCUGGGAAGUCCCAAUGAAUGCUCACUACAUCGAAAGCUACGAAGGAGGACAUUGCCCGUAUUUGGAUCAAUGCGUAUUGCACAAUCACGAUGCCGAUGAAGUGUCGGAAUGGCUUCAAGAGGAUUUCGCACGGCACUACGAACAAAACAAAGCACCGUACAUGAUGGCAUUCAAAUCGAAUUGGUUCCAAAUCAAGGAGCUCGAGAAUGGUUUGCAUAAAUUCUUGGACUGGGCACUUAAUCUGCCAGAUGUGUGGGUGGUAACCACAACACAAGCAUUGCAAUGGAUCACCGAUCCAAAACCAUUGAAAUCGCUCAACAACUAUGAACCAUGGGCAUGCCAAAAGAAACAAUCAAACGUGCAAUCGCCAUGCAAUAUAUCGACCAAAUGCGCGCUGCCAUUCAAAACACAAACGUCCAACAUCACCGACACCCGCUACAUGGAAACGUGCCGUGAUUGUCCACAACAAUAUCCAUGGCUGGGCGAUGCCGAGGGUACUGGCAUCGUCAACAAGGACAACUACAAUUUCAAUGGUAACGAUCCGGAUAGUGGUGAACAGAGCGAAGGUGCCGAGGAGAGCCAAAAAAAGUAGAAAAAAAAACAAACAAACAACACACAAAACUGAAUAAGAUAGGAUGAGUAGGAGGGGAAAGAGAGUAGGAAUGAACGCAGCAGCACGAGAAAAAACAGAUUGCGCUUGAAAUGUAAACAUAUUUCUGUUGGACAACGAAUAGAAACAACAACAACAACAAAUGAUAUCGAGAGAGGAGAACUGGCGCAAAACCAAAUUUUAUUUGGACUUAAAUUAAUGUUCUUUUAUGUCGUGUUUGUUUUAUCAGUGUCUCGUGUUUUUUCCUGUGUCUGUGUAUGCGUUCGUUAAAUCAUUUAAUUGUAGAAUUUUGCGAAAUAUGUGUUGAGGAGAGAAAUGAAAAUUCAUAAAUAAAAUGAAUGCAAUAAAUGCGUGUGCCGGAAUAAUAUUUAAGUCGAAAA